UGAAUUCCAGGGUGGACUGUAUGUUUUCCUAUCUCGAUACGUCAUUCUGGGAUCGGCUGCGAGCAGAACUGUCAGGAAACUGGUUCUCUGUCUGAUUAUCUACUCAUCUUUCGGACCGCAGAACAGAAAGGAGAACGUCGCCUUGGUCCGUCUCAGUUUGUGGGAUUAAAGUGAUCCAGUCCGGCGUUUACGUCGAAACUGCCAGUGGGAAUUCAUGCUGAUCGAGUCUGUUAGCUAAAUGCGGUACGAAGCUAAAAUGAUGCCGAUGUUCCUGACAGUAUACCUUAGUAACAAUGAUCAGCAUUUUACUGAGGUUCCCGUUACCCCGGAGACGCUAUGUCGGGAUGUGGUGGAGUUGUGCAAGGAGCCAGGGGAGACGGACUGCCACCUCGCUGAGAUGUGGCGUGGAUCAGAGCGAGCUGUAGGUGAUGGGGAAAGGAUGCUAGAUGUGCUCCAACGAUGGGGACAACACAGGGCAGAGGUGCGCUUCUUUCUGCGUCACAACAGAGCUCCUAGCAGGGAACAAGGGGGAUCAAGAGGGUCAGAGCCAAAGCGACAUGGAGUAAAGGGUCCCUCAGACAGAAGGAUGGAGAAUGGGGUGGCAGCACCACGGAUGGACAUGACACUGUCAGAACUCCAGGAGAUGGCUGCCAGGCAGCAGCAGCAGAUAGAAGCUCAACAACAACUCCUUGCUUCCAAGGAGCAGCGGUUGCGCUACUUGAAGCAGCAGGAGCAGCGCCAGCAGCAGCAAGCUUCUGAGCAGGAGAAGCUGCAUCGCCUUCGGGAGAACAUUGAAAACCAGGAAAGUCGGCUCAAGAAGGUCCGGGCCCUCAAAGGCCAAGUGGAACAGAAACGCCUUAGCAAUGGUAAACUGGUGGAGGAAAUUGAGCAGAUGAACAACCUGUUUCAGCAGAAGCAGAGGGAACUCGUCAUGGCUGCAUCUAAGGUGGAGGAACUCAGCCGACAGCUCGACCUGCUCAAGAAGGGCAAGUUGGAUAACCUUCAUGACAACCAGAGCUCUGUAGCAGAACUGGACCGUCUCUACAAGGAGCUGCAGUUGAGGAACAAGCUGAACCAGGAGCAAAACUCCAAGUUGCAACAGCAGAGAGAAAACUUGAACAAGCGUAACCUGGAGGUGGCCGUUAUGGACAAACGGAUCAGCGAGCUGAGAGAUCGGUUGUGGAAGAAGAAGGCUGCACUGCAGCAAAAAGAGAACUUGCCAAAUGGCUAUCCUGGUAAAGAGAGGGCUUCAAAAGACACUCACCUUCAGCUACCUACUGAGGGCCAUGUUGGACAGCAGUCAGGUCCAUCUCGUGUGGCAGCGGUCGGACCGUACAUCCAGUCAUCCACAAUGCCCAGAGGCCCAGUGAGACACGAUCUGCUUGUCAAACCGGCCUACCCAGACGGCACUGCCACCCUACCUAUCCAGGAUCCUCAGAGUAAGGCAGGCACAGGUCAUCAUUCGUCCAAACUGGCAGAUUGGGCUUCUUCAGCUUCAGAGUCGCACACCAACGGUCAUGGCCUUGCUUCCACGGUUCCAAGAAUGACCUCUCACAUCAACUCCAGCACCGAGCAUGAUGAGACAGAAUUGAAGCGGGACAGGAAGGUGCGACCGUUUUCUAUGUUUGAGCCCAUCGAGGCACCUGCCACCUCACUUCGCAAAAACCAGAGCAGUGAUGACCUGGUCAGAGACGCACAGUCUGCUGUCAAGCCCCCAGUCAAGGUGCCUCCUCCUGUACCCAGCAAACCUAAAGGCCCUGCUGUUAUGCCUUUUGGCAAACCAGCCUUCAACACAGGCACCUUCCCUAAAGCUAAGCCCCACAGCCAGCACUCCCAGGGUGGCCAGGGACACAGCCCUCUCCCAACCUCACAAAGCCAGACUCUUCCUCUUCCCCCCAAGCAGGACACUCCACCAGCAGCCACAGUACGGCCCUUUACCCCAGAGCUUCCAUCCUCCAAAGAUGGCAGUUUGAAUAAGCCCCAGACCUUAGCGGCCAGCUCCAUUUACUCCAUGUACACACAACAACCUGGUCCUGGAAAGCAGUUUCAGCCUGGAGUGCAGGGGGCUCUUAACAGGGCCCAUACUCGCGCCAAUGGAUUUGUCAGCGUGUAUGGCAAACCAGUGAUUUCCAGUGGCGGCUCCCCACAACCAGAGAAUCCAUAUUUUGAUUCUCGCUCCGCUGCCCCAGAAUUUGAUGUGGAUAAUGGUGGUACCAAUCAAGGAGGUCCCAGUCCAGCCGAGGGUUCCCAACCAGAGACUGAACGUAUUCCUAGACCACUUAGCCCCACCAAACUGCUUCCCUUUAUUUCCAAUCCCUAUCGGCAUCAGAGUGAUGGUGACCUUGAAGCCCUGAGAAAGAAGCUCUACAAUGCUCCAAGACCCCUCAAGAAACGUAGCUCUAUAACUGAACCGGAGGGCCCUGCUGGGCCCAAUAUUCAAAAACUCUUAUAUCAGAAGACCACUUUGGCAGCUAUGGAAACCACCGCUGUUACACCGACCAUUCCCACCUACUCCUCUGAAGCAGAGAAGGCAGCAGAAAUUGUAGUUGGCCCAGGUGUUCACAGUCCUCUGAGUGUUGCAGAAGAUCAUCCGUCAGAGCUGAGACAUACUCUGGAAGGUGGAACGGCCCCAUCUCAAAUCCUUAGUGUCCCCGUUCCAGCCCUUUCUGAACAGACCCAUCUACCCUCAGAGAGUGAGGACAUCAUUCCCCCUCCGCCACCAUCCCACCCAGCCCCUCGGCCAAAUGAUGUGCUCUUCCCACCGCCGCCGCCUCCUGCUGUCUUGGAGGACACUAUGCCAAACCUCCCACCCCCACCCCCAGAAGGCUUCCUAGAAGAGUUUCCCCCCUACCCACCACCGCCAUACCCCAGUGGAGCAGAGCAGGACAGUUUUGGAGAGGAUACCUUUAACAUGAAGGCACCAGAGGUCACUGGCCAGGUCAUGCUGCCACCGGGAAAGAGGACCAACCUACGCAAACCUGACUCUGAGCGCAUCGAUCACAGCAUGAGAGUCAAGUUCAACCCGUUGGCUUUGCUGCUCGACUCGUCUCUGGAGGGAGAGUUUGACCUGGUGCAGCGAAUCAUCUACGAGGUGGAUGAUCCCAGUCAGCCCAAUGAUGAAGGCAUUACUGCUCUACACAACGCCGUCUGUGCCGGACAUACAGAGAUUGUCAAGUUUCUAGUUCAGUUUGGUGUCAACGUCAAUGCUGCUGACAGUGACGGCUGGACGCCUCUUCACUGUGCUGCAUCCUGCAAUAACGUGCAAGUGUGCAAGUUCCUGGUGGAGUCAGGUGCAGCAGUGUUUGCUAUGACUUACAGCGACAUGCAGACAGCAGCUGAUAAAUGUGAAGAGAUGGAAGAAGGCUACACCCAGUGCUCUCAGUUCCUCUAUGGUGUUCAGGAAAAGAUGGGCAUCAUGAACAGGGCUGUGGUCUAUGGCUUAUGGGACUACACUGGCGAAAAUCCUGAUGAACUCUCAUUCCGUGAGGGGGACAGCAUGACCAUCGUCCGCAGAGAGGAUGAUGACGAGAUCGAGUGGUGGUGGGCCCGCAUGGGUGACACAGAGGGCUACAUUCCUCGCAAUCUCCUAGGGCUCUACCCCAGAAUUAAACCACGACAGAGAAGCCUGGCUUAACACUCAAAAGAUCCUUGUACAUUCGGUCUCCCAGCACUCCAGAAUGCACACUCACAUGGGUUUUAACACACCCGUAAAGACAAGGACACAGCUGAAAUGAAGAGACAAGGACAGACCAAACAAUAUGAAGGACGCUGAACAACAAUGAACUCUUCACUUUUUCAACAGCAACAAAACUCGUCAGUCAAGGCCACAUUGUCCUGUGUACCGAAGGCAAUAACUGUUUUUUUGCUUUCCUCCACUGUUCCUGUUGCUCAGAUUUAACUGUUUGCAAUAAUAUCUGAAGUCAGUGAAGCUCAAACAUUGGGGUGUAAAUGGAACAAGCAGUAUUUUUAAUAGAGGUGAUUUUUUUUUUUCUCUUCUCUGAAUAGUCUUCUUGGUUAAUUGUUCUUUUUCAAACCCACCUGGGGCUCACCAGUGUGUGGUGGCGGAUGAUGUGGUGAAAUAUGCUGUUACCAUGACAAUCUUCUGGGGCUUGGUAUUCAUAUCUGUCACUGUGUCUUCUGGGACAGUACCUCUAUAUAAUUUAACGGGGGUGAGCAUUUUCAUUUGUGUCUACCACUGUUGCAGUUCAACAAAUAGACGAUGAUAUCUUGGUGUAUUUUUUUGGAAAACCGGUAAUGAAGUUUAUGAUCUGUAGCUAUUAGUUCUGUGGUCUAUGAUACUCAGAAAGCCAGUCUGUUUUCCUGCAUUGGCAAAUGGUUGAGAUGCCACAGAUACUGUGUAUACAGUAGAUCAGUUUUUUGCCACAAAAACUAGUGAAAUAUUACCAUAGACAUACUUUAGGUAAAUUAUCCAAGAAGAAUAAGAAGUCAUGCAACAUGAAUUUAAUAUUUUACAACCAUUCCAAGAGGGGAAAAAAAAAUGAGAAAGCACACAAAGUACCUGAAAUGUUGAGGUUUUGUGGUACGCUGUAAAAGGUGCAUUCUAAGGUAUAUCAUGUCAUUAGAAGAUAAAAUUCAAAGCUCAAGUUCCCAAAACUCUAAUCAUAUCAAUGCAAAUGUAUUUAUUUUUGUUACAUUUAUUUCUUUAGAAUAUAACCUCACAUGUAGUAUAUCAAAGAUUUACAAUAAAAAGAUUUGUAUGAC